GACUGUGGUUUAUCCGGAGGUUUGACCAUCGGCGGACACCGUAGGAGGAGAACCGCGAACGCGAGCACAACAUCCGCUUUUGGGGUGAGAGAUCCUUAACUUGAGGACAGGGCUCUGGUCAAGCGUGUGUCCAGUAUGGAAGGAGAGCCAAUCUCUGCUCUGUUUACCCCUGCUCUGGUGGUGGAUGUGGACAAAGUGAAGAAAAAUGCCCAGAGGAUGAUUGACCGCUGUCGGAGGAUGGGGGUUCAACUUCGACCCCACAUGAAGACACACAAAACUCUUGAGUGUGCUGACAUCAUGACUGGUGGAUCACGGCGAUGCGUCGUGGUUUCGACACUGGCAGAAGCCUGUUUCUAUGCUGACCAUGGAUUUGAUGACAUCCUGUAUGCAUAUUGUCUUCCCUUUGAUAAGGUGGAGCGCUGUGCAGCCUUGUCAGAGAGACUCGACCUCUUCCAGGUUUUACUCGAUCAUCCUGACGCUCUGAAGCAGCUCAAACAGAGACCAUUAAAAGACGGUCGACUGUGGCACGUCUGGCUGAAACUGGACUGUGGUAACGGGAGAGCUGGUGUCCUUCACUCUGAGCCCGAAGCACUCAGGUUGGCUCAGGCCAUCGCUGAGACAGAGGGCGUGGAGCUAACAGGAGUGUACGCUCACUGUGGGAACACCUACUACUGCAGAGGGGUGGAGCAGAUACAGGCUGCUGCGCAGGAAACCACCAGUUUAACCUUGCAGUUCAUGGAAAAACUGAAGGCUGUUGGUAUCACCUGUAAGUCCAGCAUCGGCUCCACCCCUUCCUGCAGUCACCCGGUCAAAGACAUGGAGCAGCUCAGUGAGGUCCAUCCUGGAAACUAUGUCUUCUAUGAUGUGCAGCAGUCUGUGAUUGGCUCGUGCAGUCUUGAGGAUGUGGCUGUGAGAGUUCUGACCAGAGUCAUCGGACACUGUCCUCACAGGAACCAGCUCCUGAUCGACUGUGGAUGGGCGGGAAUCAGUCUAGACGGGGCUGGAAAACUUCCCACUGGAUAUGCUAUGAUUGAAGGACAUCCCAGCCUCAAGUUGUUGUCAAUGACUCAGGAGCACGGGAGAGUGGAGCCCAUCUCAGGACCACUGGACUUCAGCAAAUAUCCUCUGGGCUCAAUGCUCACGCUGAUCCCUUAUCAUUCCUGUGCUACUGCGAUGAUGCACUCUGAGUACCACCUGCACUCUGAGGGCCGCCUCCUGGGAAAGUGGAAGCCAACACGUGGGUGGUGAAAAGAUGUCUUACAGUUCACUCAUGCAGAAACUUAAUCGGCAAUCAGUGUUAUAGCAACUGCACAACUUGGGUUAAAUAUUAAAAAUAUUCCUUCCUCUGUGUCUUUGAAAAAAAUCAGAAACAUCAGAUAUAGAAAUCUGUUCCUGAAAAAAUAGCAUAGAUGAAUUCUAUUUUUUUCCAUAGGGGUGCCUAUCUCCCAAGAGUUUUAUAUGUGAAAAAAAAUGUAAAAACCUGUGUUCUUCUAAAUUGUUGAAUAAAUUAAAAUGUUAUCACUU